GGCUGCCUGCUGGAUCUCUGCCUUCCUCUCUUUUUUUCCUCUGGAUAUGGAGAUAAAAGGUCCAGAGACUCCCAGCAUCCCACAGCAGAUGGAGGACUUCCAUAGAUUACAUUCAAGACCAACUGAGUCUCUUUACCUGAGAGCUGUGCAGCUUCUGGAGUAGUUUCACCUGCAGAGUUUUCACCUCACCUGUGCAGACGGAAACACAGAAGUGAUACCUUUCCCUGUCAAUCCUCUUGCCUUUAAUUUUUCUUGUAUUGCAGGCUCGUCCUGUGCAGCAGCUACAGGCUCUGAACUCUAUCUCCUCCCUCUUUUCUCUUGCACUUGUUCAGCUGUCACUCUGUCUGUCACUCUCAGGAUAUCCCCUUCCCUCAUUCUAGGGUUUCAUAAUGCAUCGGGAUCUGUGCGAGGUCUGACUCUCAUUCAGAGGGGUGGAUUUCAUCCCGCUGCUUUCUCCUCGUUUGAGACUAUGGACAAGUAAUGGGUGCCACUUCGGCGUGGGGUCAUGGAAAUAAUGAAAGGUCACUGUCCAGAGCCUUUAACUGAACUCUGAAUAAGUAGAAACAGCCUUAUUUUUGAGUUAUAGAUGGUCUAACAGUAGUUAUACUGAGGCUGAUUUUCCAGGAGCAAGGUUUUUGUGUAUGUGUGUGUUUUUCGGCUCUAUCGGAUACAAAAUCAUGGGGAACGCAGCAGGAAGCAUGGAGGUCCCCCACGUGAAGGAGGGCAAGGCGGUGUCGGCCCCUCCAGGCUCCACGGGCCCCCAGAAACAAGCCGCGGGGCCGAAACUCCCCUUGCCACCUGAAGACGAGCUGGAGGAGCGCUUUAGUGCGGUGCUGAACACGAUGAAUCUUCCUCCAGACAAGGUGAAGAUCCUCAGCCAGUACGACAACGAGAAAAAAUGGGACCUGAUCUGUGACCAGGAGAGGUUUCAAGUGAAGAAUCCACCGUCUGCGUAUUUGGAGAAGCUGAAGAGUUAUCUGGAUCAUGGAGGAGUCAGUCGAAAGGUAGAAUCCACGUCACACAUCUCAGUUUCAAGUCAUUUUCUGAAUAAUGAAGCACCCACUGACCUCAUAACCACCUGCAUGUGUUUCUGUCAGUUUAAGAGACGUGUCCAAGAGUCCACUCAGAUCCUGAGAGAGCUGGAGAUUUCCCUGAGGACCAAUCACAUUGGCUGGGCUCAGGAGUUCCUCAACGUGGAAAACCAAGGCUUAGAUGUUCUUGUGGAUUAUCUGUCCUUUGCUCAUAGCGCUGUCACGUACGACACAGACACUCUGGACAACGGCCCGCUGCCCACAGACAAAAGCAAAACUCUGGACAAGUCAGUGGAAGAUCUGAGCAGAAGUGCCAGCAACUCGCCCUCUCACAGCGCCUCCAAGGCCGGCAAGGCCUUCGCAGUCAGGAAAGCUGUGAGGAACUCGCGUGUCGUGAGCCAGAAAGACGACGUUCACCUCUGCAUCAUGUGUUUACGUGCCAUCAUGAACUAUCAGUCUGGGUUCAACCUGGUGAUGAAGCACCCCUGCUGUGUCAAUGAGAUCACACUCAGCCUCAACAACAGAAACCCAAGGACGAAGGCGCUGGUGCUGGAGCUGCUGGCCGCCGUGUGUUUGGUAAGAGGAGGCCAUGACAUCAUUCUCUCCGCUUUCGACAACUUCAAAGAGGUGUGUGGAGAGAAAAGUCGAUUUGAGAAGCUCAUGGAGUUUUUCCGCAGUGAAGACAGCAACAUCGACUUCAUGGUGGCCUGUAUGCAGUUCAUCAACAUCGUGGUCCACUCAGUGGAAAACAUGAACUUCAGAGUGCACCUUCAGUACGAGUUCACACGACACAGCCUGGAUGACUACCUGGAGAGGCUGAAGUUCACGGAGAGCGACAGACUGCUGGUGCAGAUUCAGGCCUACCUGGACAAUGUGUUUGAUGUGGGAGCUCUGCUGGAGGAUGCAGAGACGAAGAACGCUCUGCUGGAACACAUGGAGGAGCUGCAGGAACACAACACACAGCUGAGCAGCAGGCUUCAGGAGAGUGAGAGGGAGGCGAUGGAGAAAGUGUCAGAGUUGGAGAAGAAGCUCAUUCAGACCACAAAGGAGGUGGAGCUCCUAAAGGAGAGUCUGCGUGAGUCGUGCUCUCAGGUGACUCUGCUGCAGCAGCGGGAGCGAGAGAGAGAGCUUGAACGGGAGAGAGAGAGGGAAAGAGAGAGAGACAAGGACCGAUCCACCGAGGCCCUGAGGGAGCUGGAGGCCAAAGUCCAGGCUCUGGUGGAGCAGGGCCUGGUCCGGAUGGAGCGCUCCUCAUCCGGACACCUGGACGUUCAGGUGGUCCCCGUCAUCCAGGACGUGGUUCAGAAAGCUAAAGAUGAAGUAGAUACAGGAAAUGACCAUGAGCCCACUCCCACCUGCUCAGACUCGCCACCACACCUAUCUGAAGCUUCUUUAAAGUCAGUGCCGGCACAAGCUCCUCCUCCACCACCUCCUCCACCCCCGCCACCACCACCACCUCCUCCUCCUCCUCCAGGCUCAACAGCAGCUCCUCCUCCUCCUCCUCCUCCUCCUGCAGCUCCACCCCCCCUGCUACCUCCUGGAGAUGGUGCGAUGCAGCUACCAGGGGCAGAUGGGAGCUCAGGUCGUAAAAAAAAGAAUCCCAUUCAGACCAAAUACCGGAUGCCGCUGUUGAACUGGCAGGCCCUCAAAUCCAACCAGGUGGCAGGAACCAUCUUCAACGAGCUGGACGACGAGCACGUCUUAGAGGAGCUAAACAUGGCCGCCUUUGAGGAGCAGUUCAAGACCAAGGCCCAGUCCGUCCCUGUAGACCAGGGCACCCUCAAGAUGAAACUGGCCCACAAGACCCCCAGUAAAGUUUCUCUAAUGGAGCCCAACAGGGCCAAAAACCUGGCUAUCACCCUGCGUAAGGAGGGAAUGGCUGCUUCUGACAUCUGCUGUGCCAUCGAGACGUACAACCAGAGAGCUCUGAGUCUGGACUUCCUCGAGCUGCUGGAGCGUUUCAUCCCCACAGAGUACGAGAUGAAGCUCAUCCACAACUACGAGUGCGAGGGCAGGCCCCUGGACGAGCUCAGCGAGGAGGACCGCUUCAUGGUGCGCUUCAGCAAGAUCCCGAGGCUCUCGCAGCGCAUCAGCACUCUCACCUUCAUGGGCAAUUUCCCUGAGAGUGUUCAGCUGAUACAGCCCCAACUCAACGCCAUCAUCGCCGCCUCGAUGUCGAUCAAAUCCUCCAGCAAACUGAAGAAAAUCCUUGAGAUCAUCUUAGCGUUUGGAAACUACAUGAACAGCAGCAAGCGAGGGGCAGCGUACGGCUUCCGCCUGCAGAGUUUAGACCUGCUGUUAGACACCAAAUCUACAGACCGUAAACAGACACUGCUUCACUUCAUCGUCAGCAUCAUCCAGGAGAAAUACCCAGAGCUGCAGUCCUUCUACACAGAGCUGCACUUCCUGGACAAGGCGUCACUCGUUUCUCUGGACAGUAUUGUGCAGGACGUGCGAGCUCUGGAGCGAGGCAUGGAGGUGACCAGGAGGGAGUUCUCUGUGGAGAAAGAAAAUCCUGUGCUGCAGACGUUUCUCAGCAGAAACACCGAGCUGCUCGACUCACUCACAGCCGAUGGAAAAACUGCACAGGACGUGUAUGACUCAGCCGUGGAGUACUUCGGAGAGAACUCUAAAACCACCCCUCCCUCGGUCUUCUUCCCUGUUUUUGUCAGAUUCAUCAAGGCCUACAAGCAAGCAGAGCAGGAAAAUGAGCAAAGGAGGAAACAUGUCCCGAACUGUGAAGCCCCCUUGACUCCACCCAAACCUGAGGUCAUGGAGAACAAGGUUUCCAUGACGCCCAGACUUCCCCAGAUGGAUCUGAUAGCAGAACUGAAGAGGAGGCAGGUGUCUCCUCUGGUGAGGGAGGGGAAGGACGGAGCCAUCGAGGACAUCAUCACAGCUCUAAAGUCCGUGCCCUUCACGGCUCGCUCUGCCAAACGCUCCUCUCGUCUCUUCUGCGACUCCGUCUUCAUCGACGAGAUCUAAGGAAUCAGCCAUACAGACGGGCAGACGGCGGGCGGCGCAGCGCCAAGUGGAAACCAGGACAACAGCUGCACGUGUCCUCAGACAUCUCCCUGUGAAACCCACUGCAGAGCAGAGCAGACAGCACAAGCACAAGAGAUCAGACAUUUAACUCACUGUGGACACACACUCGUUGUCUCACGCAUGUUAACGAAUGCAGAGGUGAAAAUGCAUGUUUCACAGAGAUGACGACACCCACAACAACAACACCUGACGACAAAGAGUUAAAAAUAUGAGCUGAGAUAUUAUAAAUGAACUUUUCCCUCCAAACUCGACAUGAACACAAACCGUCUCUGUUCUGUUAAAGUACCUUUCUGAAUCAAGUUAAAGUAGAAAUGUUCUGAGUGAAUAUUAGCUGCACUCGAUGCUAAUGACACUGGAUGCCAUAAGAGCUGAUUAAGACAAUUACAUGGAAGAAUGAGCCAUUCAGCUGAUACGUGACGAGAGCGCUUCAUUAACGCUGCUCAGAUCUUUCAGCCUCGGCUCAGAGUGAAGCUUCAAAGAGAAACUUUGACAGACAAACCUCUCAUGAAUCAUUUUUGAUAAGUUUUUUUUUCUUUUUUUUUUUUUUUAAAUGUUCACGACAUGAUUUUUUAAUUGGUUUUAUUUUAAAAGAGAAUAUUAAUUACAGCACCACCGUCCAUCUUACUGUUUGUUUCUGCAGUAGAUUAAAGAUCAAAAAUUAAGCUGAAGAUUUUUAAUAUAUUUAAAUUAUUUUUAAUACUGAGAAUGAUGAACUUGUACUUUGCUUCUGCAUUUCAACAAAUAAAGCAUUUUAUACUGUUCUUGAUUGUGUGUUUUUGCUUUUUGGUGACAUUUAUAUGAUGAAGUGAGUGAAAUAAAAGCCUCCUUAUGCCUCUGACGUCUUUAUGCCUUACUACCCUGUGAUGUUGUCAUGACUUCCUGUACUAAGUCUUGGUGGCACAGCUGUUAUCACUGUUGCCUCACAGCCACAAGGUUUUGGGAUCAAACCUGACAGUCUGCUGUGGCAUCCUAUGACACUGUACGACUUACUGCACUAUGACGUUUUUACGACUUACUACAUACAAUGAUGAAAUAAACCAACAGCAGAUUAUCGACUCAUUGCACCGACAAAUGCCACAGGUGAUUGUUAUUUCAUGUAAAACCACCGGGCUUCUACAUUUUUCUGAUGUCAUGAACUUGUGUUUGAGUUCUUUGGUUUUUCAGCUGCUGUGUCCAAAUGUCUGAAUAUACAGUAUCUGACACAUUUUCUGCUGUUACAACUUCAGUCUCAAUAUAUUUUUUCUCUAAUCACAACUUCAUCUCAUUGUCCUAGCCUUGCAUACAUUGAUAUUUAAAAUUGUUUAGAUUAUAGUAAAAUUAACUGUAAAACUUUUAGGAAUGUUACAUUUUUCUCAUUAAGUUAUGACCCCAUAACUUUGAUGUAUAAUUACAGUUUUACCUCAAAAGAUUAACAGAUAAUUGUAAAAUUGCAAUUUUGUCUGAAUUUAGAUUUUUUUUCUAAUAUUAUUUCUAUUAAAGUUACAUCUAAAAAUGUUUUCCUCAUAUAUAAUUGUAAUUUAUUUUUUCUGAAAAUAUAAUUAUUCAUAGGGGUAUAACUGUAUUGUUGAAAAUUACAAUUUAUUAUGGUGAAAUUACAGCUUUAUUCAUGAAAUCCCUGAUACUAAGCAUCUUUAAUCACACAUACAUUGUUUAUAUAGUUAAAACUUUUUUGUCAGUUCAGAAAUGUUCACAAGAAAUUUACCACAUUUGUCCAAAUGUUUGUCUUUUUUUUUGUUUUUUUACAAUUUUGAAAUUAAACUUGCUGCAGUUUUAAUUCUGUUCCCUGUCUGUUAAAUGGCCAU